UUGGUAUUAAAGCAUACUUGAGGUUGCAAAGGAGCUUUAUGUGUUUUAUUGAUGUACUCUUCAGCAAUCUUCAAUAUUUUCCUAUGACAUCUAUCUUGUACACAUAUUGAAGCUCUGAGUGACUGUGGGUCUCUGGAGACCUCAAGGUGAACUCAGAGCUAACUCAAGAUACUGGGGGCAUACUGUAGAGAAUUGACCAGGACAAGUGCUUUCCUAGUUUUGGAGCCAAAAGAACAGAUGUGGAUAUCCGAUAGACAAUAGUAGAUAUCUUUUGUAGCGGGCUUCUCUGACGUCGCCCUGAUGUUGCAGAUUUUGUGGCCUCUUGUGGCACUUUGACAGGGCGCUACGGACAGUUGGUACACGCUGGAUGGAGCCUUUCAAGAUGGUACGCGCUGCUGGAGCCCUUGAAGAUGGAUGGCUGGAUGGCUCGAGUCCGCACAUCGCCGUCCCGACUGCCACACAACAAUUUUGAACUCACAAAUUCAAGGAUAGAAACAAGACAAGACAAACUUCGCUGGAACCUGCUUCUCUCACACUGCCAACAACACAAACACCCUUCAAACACUACUACCUGCUCAGACCAACCCAUCAAAUCACAUUACUACAAUGAUUGAGAACAAGGACCAACAACAACGCAAGGACGAGAGUGGUGUCCUUGGACGCCUUGUGGACGAAUCCGGUGAGCUGAAGGAGCCAUCUCACUGCAUUAUCCAGUAUGGAGGACGGGUGCGCCUCCCUGACAAGCUGAUGGAGAUCCUCAACAAGGACUUUGAACCCGACACCAUGUGGUGGCAACCAGAUGGAGAAUGCUUUGCCUUUGACUCGGAAACGGUCCAGAAGAAGAUCCUCGAUGUUUGGUUUCGUGGGACCAAGCUCACCAGCUUUAUCCGAUCGCUUAACCGAUGGGGCUUUCGCCGUGUCUUCUAUCAUGCACUGCCAGAGUCUGCCUUGGCAUUUCACCAUGCCGCCUUUCGCAAGACCAGCACUCCAGAGAUGCUCAAGUCCAUGAAGAUGAGCAAGUCGGGAAAGGCCGCUGCUGUCGUCGCCGUCGCCGCUGCUGCUUCCAAGCCUGAACAACCGAGGACUGCUGAAACUACUUCACUUCACGCUUCCCUCUACCGUCAGACCCUCGAGUCUCCCAUGAUGGCUGUCGGCAACACCCGGCUGUCCACGCUGUCUCAGUUGGCAGCAGCUGCACCACCAAGUUCCCCUUCUGCCUCCCUGACGGCGUUGCUGCCUCAGCUCCCCCUGACCACCACCUCCACAGCUGUCGCUGCAUUGGAACAGCAACAAAAAGAUGCGAGACUCCUCCAGCUUUUGAGUGAACACCGCAACCGUGACUUGCUCACAGCGGCAGUGGGACGAAGGGCUUCCUUGCCUCUGGCGGACGCGGCUGCCAGUUCCACUGCUACCUUGCAGAGAGCGCUCUUCGCGGAGCACCAACAGAGGAAUGACCAGCAACAGCAGCAGCUACUGGCACUGGCCCGUGUCCGUGCCGAGCAAAAUUUCCUUCGUGCCCAGCAGCAACAAGCGCAACAGCAAGCGGCUCAACAACGUCAACAAAACGAUGCCGCCAUCCAAAUGGCUCUCAUGGCACUUGCGUCGUCUCGUAACAGCCCAACUCUGCCCUAAAGUCAAGCAACGAAGCAACUAAACGGGCAGCCAGCAAGCAACUACUAUAGACGGGGUUUCCACCGGGGCGCCAAGAAGCACAGCUCAAACUACCAGGAGAAGCAAUCAAACACUUGAUCAUGUUCUAUGUCCAAUCAUUGUACCCUACAUCCCUUGUCAGUGAGGCACUAUUAAGCGGCCAAUUUCAUAAGUACUACUACAUACUAGAUCAUACCAGUCAAACAACACCCAAGCAUCUAUACCUGUAGCAUCUACAUACAUGAAGACAGUUGUCCGCUUGA